AAUGAUUUCGCGUAUGCAAAUCCUUUUCAAAUAUUUCCCGGGAAAUCUGAGUUUCGCGGGAGGACCUUUCGCGCGUAAACCUCAUCCCCUACUUCAUUGUCCGCUUCCUGGAGCCAUUUUUCGCUCUAGCGAGAGGGAGUUCGCAUCGCAUUUUAAUCUCUUACAUCGGGUGUCUUAGCCUUUAGUGAUUUCACUCAUAUUACAGCGAUGCGUUCCUAACACUGUGCGCUUUCAUCAUUUAUGAUUAUUUUAUAUCCACUCGCUCGGAUUAGAGAGAAAACGAGCCUCAAAGCACAAGUGGGACAAAGGGACCCUGCGCCUCUGAGGAUCAUGAGAAAGGGGGGUUCCUCGGUCCCAGGACAAGUAAUGUUAACAGGGGUUGUUAGAGGUGAACAACACGGUGUUUUUAGUGCGGUUUCCGAUCGACGGUGUGCAGCUUAUUCCAGUGCUGCCCGAAUACAAAUAACCACACCGCCGUCCACUAAUAAUGUCUGCGUGUCCGAGGCUUCUGCUGACAGUUUAUACACCACUCCUCUACAAGGAGCGACACCUGGGACAGGACUGCGACCCACACUAGGUCGACCACCGGCUAAAAGGAGACUUGAGUUAGACAUCACAGACCACCAAUACAGCGAGCCAGCUAAAACCCUUCGGAGUCGCAAAGGAGCUCUUAAACUGAAGGUCCCCAAAGCCCCCAAAACCCCACCGGAGAAGACCCGAUACGACACAUCCUUGGGAUUCUUGACUAAAAAGUUCUGUCAACUGCUUGCUCAGUCCUCUGAUGGAGUGCUGGAUCUCAAUAAAGCCGCCAUUGUGCUCAACGUCCAGAAGAGACGUCUUUAUGACAUCACCAACGUGCUGGAGGGGGUGCGCCUCAUCAAGAAGAAGUCAAAGAACAACAUACAAUGGCUGGGCUCCAGUUUGCCAUCAGAGGGUGGAUUUCCAUCUCCAGCCGUUCAGAGUCAGAGCCUGGCCAGAGAAAUGCUGGCGCUCACUCAGGAGGAGAGACGCCUGGAUGAGCUCAUUCAGACCUGCACACGUAACGUCCAGCAGAUGACUGAGGAGAUACACAGUCAGAAAUAUGCCUAUGUGACCUAUCAGGACAUCCAAAGAAUAAAGAGCCUAAAAGACCAAACCGUCAUAGCGGUUAAGGCUCCAUCAGAAACAAAGUUGGAGGUGCCUGACCCAAAGGAGAGUUUACAAGUCCACCUGAGUAGCUCCAAGGGUCCCAUUGAUGUUUUCCUCUGUACGGACGGUGGUGACUCCGGGAGCCUGCUGCAAAAUGGCCUUGAUGUGAAUGGAAAUCACCCUGCGUUUCUCAAAGUCUCCCAAGAAGCCACUACAGAUGGAAUGGCUGAUGGUGUGAAGAUCAACGGCAGCUCUAACGGUUAUGGGCCCCUGACUGAAAGUGCCCCCAUGUCACCCCUCAGUUCCUCCUUGUCUUCCAUUCUCCAGCAGCCGGAGGAGACCAUCCCCUUCGUGCCGCUGUCUCCUGCUCUUCUCAGCGAUGAAUACAUGCUGGGUUUGAGUGAUGAGCAGGGCAUUAGCGAUCUGUUUGACUCCUGUGACCUGGACACGCUAGCACUGGAUGACCUGCUCAGGAUAUGAGCGAUCAAGUUAGGUGAUUGUGCUGCUUAGUUCCUGAAUGAAAUCUGGAUCGGCAAGAUUGGUGGGCAUAACUCUGGGGAAGAACUACAGACUGAACUUCAUGAAUUCUAGAAUUUUCCUUGUCGCAUUUGACGUUGACCGUUUACGCAUGGAUCUUACUGCUAUGCGAUCCAAGGUUUCUGUUGUCUGAUACUGUAUAGAUUGGUUUCUGUAUCCUAAAAUAUGUCCUUUUAAAGUUAUUUUUAGUGUGGUGAAUUGCAUGAGCGGUGUGGUUUGUCUG